AUGGUUUGCUAUUCACAUGAGCCAGAAAACCCCACAAAAUCAUGCAAGUCAAGAGGUUCAAAUCUUCGCGUUCACUUUACGAACACUCGUGAAACUGCCCAGGCCAUUAAGGGUAUGCAUAUCCGAAAAGCCACCAAGCAUCUGAAGGAUGUCACUUUAAAGAAGCAACGUGUGCCAUUCCAUCGUUACGAUGGUGGAGCUGGUAGGUGUGCCCAGGCCAGACAGUGGGGCUGGACGCAGGGUCGGUGGCCCAAAAAGAGUGCUGAAUUUUUACUGCACAUGCUCAAAAAUGCAGAGAGUAAUGCUGAACUUAAGGGCUUAGAUGUAGAUUCUCUGGUCAUUGAGCAUAUCCAGGCGAACAAAGCCCCCAAGAUGUGGCACAGGACUUACAGAGCUCAUGGUCAGAUCAACCCAUACAUGAGCUCUCCCUGA